UUAAGUGUCGUUCGGAGUUAGAUACAUAUACAUAUGUGUAGGAGUGCGACAUUCUAUGUUUCCCGGACGCCGUGGCGCAAUUUUGAAGCGAUUCAAACAAAAUCGCCAUUGCUGACUGAUGGAAAGGACAGAAGUGAUUGGUGCAGAAAAUACGUCAUUAUUUGGAUAAUUCUAUCUAUAGCCAUUAUUGGCAUUACACUGAGUUUGAUUUUUGGUUUGAGAAGUAAACAAUAUGAGCCAUUAAAGCUGGGUUAUGGAGCCGUGGUAUCGAAUGGUGAUGGCUGCGCUGUCAUUGGAGGGAAAAUGCUGAGCGAUGGUGGUUCCGCUGUAGACGCCGCAAUUGCUACGUUAUUGUGUGAAGGCGUUAUGCUGCCGCAUAGCAUGGGAGUGGGUGGAGGGUUUGUCGCUACAAUAUACUCCAAAGAUACCAGCAAAAUUGAGACUCUGAUAGCGCGGGAAACUGCGCCGGCUUCCUCUGUUCAGAAUAUGUUCAUUGACAAGCAGAUAACAGGGGCCAUCGCCGCUGCUGUUCCAAGUGAAAUAUACGGAUAUUGGCGUUUGCAUGAAAAAUAUGGAAAAUUGCCAUGGAAGUCCUUGUUUGAACCAACCAUUGAGCUGUGUUUCAAAGGUAUUAAAGUUUCGAAAUAUUUGGCGAACGUGCUGAACCUGUAUGCCGAUCGUAUACUCAACGAACCCUCAAUGGCUGAAAUAUUUAUUAAUCCGGAAACUAAGGAACUUUAUAAAGAAGAUGAGAUCAUGUAUCGGCGCAAAUUGGGUGAAACGCUGAAAAUCGUGGCCGAAGAGGGUCCUGAGGCUAUUUACAGAGGUGGUAUAAUAGGUAAAAAGCUCGUAGAAGAUAUACAGGAGAUGGAUGGAAUUAUAACAGAGGCAGAUUUGCAAAAUUACGAAGUACGGUGGGAAGACUCUGUGAAAGUAAAUUUCGAACAAGGUUACACCUUGUAUACCACUCCUUUGCCAACAAGUGGUGCUGUGCUAGCUUUCAUACUUAAGGUAAUGGAACCGAUGUAUGCUGAAAAUGAAACAGUAUUUUGGCAUCGGCUGGUUGAGACUUUCAAGCAUGCAUACGGCCAUCGAACUUCUCUGGGAGAUAUACACUAUGAGCCAGGUGUAGCAGAAACCUAUAAAAAUUUGCUUAGCACCAGUUUUGCGGCCGAAACCCGUAAGCUUAUCUCGGACGAUCGAACCUACACAGAUUUCGGUUAUUACGGUGCAAAUUUUACAAAUGAAAACGACAAAGGAACUGCAAAUAUUGCAGUACUAGCACCGAAUGGAGACGCAAUUGCGGUAACCAGUACAGUAAACAGCCACUUUGGCUCCAAAGUUCGAUCACGCCAAACCGGUAUAAUACUCAAUGAUGAAAUGGACGAUUUCUCUACUCCCGGAGUAAUAAAUGCUUACGGUAUUCCUUCGUCGCCAUCCAAUUAUAUCAAACCGGGGAAACGUCCGAUGAGUUCCACAUGCCCCAGCAUAGUUCUUGACCACAGUGGCAACGUAAAAUUGAUGGUUGGCGGUGCUGGAGGAUCUCGGAUCACAACUUCAGUUGCACAGACUAUACUACGAUAUUUUAUGUUGAACAAUACUAUUCAAGAAUCAAUUGACGCUGGACGUGUGCAUCACCAAUUGGCCCCUAUGCAAGUGGACGUAGAAGCCGAGGUACCAGAACACAUUAACAGCUACCUGCUGAAAGUGGGACAUGAGCUUAAUUAUUUACCUGGAGAUAAAGCCUAUUCUGCGCUUACAGCCAUUGGUCUUAAAACUAAUGAGCCCCAGCCAGCUUGUGAUCGUCGGCGAGUGGGCAGCUGGAAAGUGGUUUAUUCGGGUGUUUAAUCCUGCAAAGCAUGGAACAUGUCUUUUUGUUCAUCCCUUUGUAUAAGUAUCGCACUAAAAACUAAUAAAGUAAGUGAUAGAUGUUAAACCAGU